AUGGCGGAUCCAUACGCCGUCCACAAUAACCCACCCUCGAAAGCUACGGCCGAGAGAAAGAGCAGACCGGCCGACCUCCCGCAAGGGCAGCAGAAAAUCCGUCGCCGCAACAGGACCAUCGCAUCAUGCUUGAGUUGUCGUCAGCGCAAGCUGAAAUGCGACAAACAGGUCCCGUGUGGUAACUGUCAGCGCUUUCAGAGGGACUGUUUGUACAUUGCUCCAGCUCUGGACACUGCUGCUCAACAAAAGUUGGCGGAAAUCAAGGACCGACUCGGCGAUCUUGAGGAAACGCUUGAACGUGAUGUUGCUCGCCGUGCUGCCGCCAAAUCUGGAUCCGAUCGAUCUUCGGUAGUUCCCAAGAUCGAGGAUGAGGACGACGAUUAUGAUCAUUUGUCGCCGGAUGAUGAACAGGACCCUGAGCCUUCUCCCCUAGGCAUGUUUGACCAAGUGUACGACAACGAUGCCGACGAUGGACUCAUGGACCUGGGGAUUCAGCUUGGUAAGCUGCGAAUGUCGGAUAGAGUAGGUGGUUUAGUGCGACCGAAAAUGUCUGAUGAGCUCAAUGCAAAGCUACGCAGCGCCAAUCACAAGAGUCAAAAUCUGUACUGUCAACGCCAUGGAUAUAGCGAUUCCACAGUGCCAUGGCAGCCUGGGACGGUAUCUCAGGAGCCGUUUCUCAAUCCCGGACCAGAUUUCAUUGUCCCCUCUUCGAAUUUGUUCUUCCCGGACCCCAUGACGGCUUACUUCCUGCCACCUCGGCACGUCGCUGAUCGACUCAUUACACAAUAUCUCAAUGCUGUGCAUCCAGUUGCUCGACUCGUACAUCAACCAAGUUUUGAGAGACAGUACACAAUGUUCUGGAGCAAUCUUACCAACGGCACCAUAACGCCAGCUCCUAUCCAGGCCAUCUUAUUUGCAGCAAUGUUUUCAGCGGCUGUCAGUCUACCAAACGAUACAGCUGCAUCAUUUUCAGAGAUGUCUAAGCAUUCACUUGUCGAUAGACUCCGUGAGAUGACCGAGUUCAUGCUAUCGAGAGCAAACCUUUUAAGAACGACAAAAAUAGACACUAUGCAAGCAUUCAUUAUUUACAUGCUUCCUCUAUGUCGGACAGAGAUUUCUCGAGCACAUUCGGCCCUCGUUGGAACAGCCAUUCGACUUGCACAAUGUAUGGGACUUCAUCGCGAUGGUACCACCUUCGGCCUUAGCGCUGUGGAUACUCAUGUUCGAAGACUGAUCUGGUACCAAAUCUGUUUCCUGGAUGUACGAACCUGCGAAGCUACCGGACCCCGUCCCCAGAUUCGCAGAGAAGAGUACGACACCAAGCUGCCUCUCAACGUCAAUGAUACAGAUCUCAUGUCAGCCUCCCCGCCCGUGGAUGAUUUGCCCUAUUGGACCGACAUGACUCUUUCCAAGCUCAAAUUCGAGUGUUACGAGCUCAUACGCCAGCUAUGGGUGGACAUGCAACGUAUGGAUCAGAAGAAGCUCUCCUUGACAUCCGUCCUUAAUAGAAUCAAGAAGUUCCGCGCGACAACCGAGGCAAAGUACUCACCUUUGGUUCAAGGUAAUACACCCAAGCAAGUUCUGGCCAAGCAAAUGUACCGCGCUUCGAGCAAUCGGGCUCUGGUCGUCAUCUUGCAGCGAUACGCUGUGGGAACGAAUUAUCCUAUGCCAGAGAGACUUCGCAACUUAUUGAUCGAGGCAUGUAUGGGAACCGUUGAAGCUGGGGUAGCUAUGGAAACUCGUCCAGAGCUAGCAACAUGGGCGUGGUAUCGAGGAGCCAUCCUACAGUAUCAUGCUGCAGUGCUUCUGGUUUUCGAAGUCUACGCCAGACCCGAGAUGCCUGAGGCCGCACGGAUCUGGAGCAGUCUUGACUAUAUCUUUGAGACACCACCCCAAUCUUCCAUGACGGACAAAGCAGAAGGUAUUAUCAUCACGCUUCGGGACCGUCUAGAGAAAUAUCACAGCGUGCGUAAAUUACGCGCCACCGCCGACGUCCAAAGCCAAUCUAGUCCUGGACCCUCGACAAGCUCACAAUUAAAUACGCCUAUCUCGGCACCACACAUGACACGAUCCGCUCAAACGUUCACUACCCCUACCAUGGUUUAUUCUCAGUUGCCUCAUACAGAACAAGGUCCCGCCUCAGAUGCUAGUGGAAGUCAUACAGGUGUCAACCGCGAUUCCUCAACUGAUCCAGGAAUGGAGGCUGUGGCCAACAUGGAUUGGGUAAGUGAUAUCCUUGGGAGUCUUUACAUUGUCGACUGGAUCUGUUUUGCUAACUGA